AUGGCUCCAUCGUUCUUGAAUUUCAAGGAGUUACGGAGACGGUCGAAAGCGAGCUUCAAAACCGAACAUUCCACAGAUGAGUCGAGCGACAUCAGCAACACCACGACUCCUACCAGCGGCUCCUUAACGCCCCCAUCAAUAGCCGCGCAGUCGGAUCCGGCCUUGCAUCUACAAGUCAAAGACCAACCCCGGCCUCUUUCCGCCGUUACAGCCCCCAGACCGCAGCCACAUCCUUAUCCCAAUGGCGGCAGCAAUCGACACAGCGUCUCGGGCAUGGCCGGCUUAGGUUCCCCAGUACCCGGUGCAAGGAGCUCGGUGCUCUCGGUUUCCCAGUAUUCUCCUCGGAUCACAAACGUGGCAGAUGGCUCGUGGGUCUAUCAAAAGGUCCUUCUGGUUUACGGUACGAUUGGAGACCCAUCCCACCACUCAGUCAGUGGGACGCUCACCGUGAGCCGGCUCGACGACAACUUCCCCCCUGUUUCAUGGCCGGUGUGCGAUUCCCACUUCAAGGCGCUCGUGUACCUGAUGCCCGGGGCCAACCGUCUCCGGUUCGACUUCUCCAGCCCGAAGCUCUCCAACAGCGGUUCCUCCAACCCCAUCCACGCCUCUUACCUGACGGUUCACAUGAUCCCGCCUGUCGGGGCGCCUCCGCUGCAGCUGGCCAUCCUCAUGGCAAAGGACUCCCCCGGCACUUACGAUGCAAUCCCUGCGCGGAUCGAGCGGGAAGGCAACGGAUUGGAGACUGCAGUCCGCAAAUUCCGCAUGGCCGCCUACCUGUGGCAGGCGUUUACGGCCGAGCAAAUGUGGCGCAACAAGCUCGGCCGGCGCACCUUCAGGUUCGAGGAGGAGUGGACCACCGGCGCGGCAAACCACAGAGACCUGGAGUACGGCACUCUUCGAUCCGAGGCGCGAAUCCACGUAAUCCGGACCGAGAAGACGGUGGCUGAACUCCGGGAUCUCAACCUGGCACAGCAGAAUACAAGCGCUAGUGACGCAGGAGGGCUCUACGGUAUCACGGCAGAUGCGGUACGCGACUACUUCAAGCCGCUACCGGGACAGAAGCUAUACGUGUCGGUACUGCUUCUCGAUGCCCACUGGGACACGAACUCCAAGACCAUCGUCGGGCACGCCGCCCUCGGGGGCCAGGUUGGCGAUCUGCACCUGGGCAUCUUCGGCUCGCACUGCUUGCAGAGCUACCCGUCGAGCUUGGAAGAAGUCGUGCCCGCUUUCACCGACUGCACGCCGACAGACACGAACUACGUCGGCAACGACUGCAACGAUGCCGGGAGCUCGUGGGAGGCGGCCAACAUCGGCAUCGGCGCUCAUCUGCACGAGACUGGGCACCUGCUUGGUCUGCCGCAUCGGGAGAGCGGCGUUAUGGCGAGAGACUACGUCAGCCUCAACCGAGCCUUCCUCACACGCGAAGCCUAUUCCACCCGAACCCGCUCCCGUGGCGGGUCCGUCUCGCAGGAAGACGAAUGCACCUGGCACCGCCUCGACUGCCUCCGCUUCCGCAGCCACCCCUGCUUCCGCCUGCCCAACGACCCCGUUCUCAGCCCGGACGACAGCGUCCAGGGCUGGCCGACAGAGGGCGGCGUCCUGACCGUCACCGCCGCCACCGGGGUAGCCUACGUCGAGAUCUUCGCCGAGGGCGACGACGUCUGCCGCGCCUGGGUCGAAUACCUCCCCGACGGCAGCAACGGUGGCGGCAGCCCGGCCAUCCAGCGCAUGAUCACGCUCAGCGAGCCGGACUUGCGGAGCCGACUGCCGGAGGGCAACAAGCGGAAGGGACGACUGCGGAUCUCGGUCAAGUCGCAUGGUGGCGGCUCACUCGAGGUGGAGGACUUUGGCAAGCUCUGCUCGAGUAAGGCGGCCUGUCUGAAGAUUCCCAGCGCGCUGCCGGGAAUACCCAAGACAGCCUUCAGAGGGAAGAAGCUGGGCGCGUCGCAGAUGGAGGGGUCUGAGGCGCACGAGGUUGUGUUCACCACCGUCUUUCGACACGACCGGGUCCUGUCUAAAGUUGUGUUUUAUCAUGGGGCGGCUGUAGAUGGGCUGGAGUUUGUCUAUGAUGAUGAUUCGAGGCAGCUGUUCGGCAAAAAGGGGGGGAAGGAAGGUGGAGAUACCUUUGAGUUGGACGUCCGUCGCGGCGAGUAUAUCACGGGCUUCUUUGUCCGCUCCGGCUUUUGGAUUGAUGCCAUCCAGGUCUUGACCAGCCUGGGCAGGAGAUCUACCUUGUUUGGUAAUGCACAUGGUGGUGAUCCGUAG